AAAAAAAAAGACAAAGACACAGACGGUAUCACGCACGACGCAAGCGCAAAGUUUCUUGACAAUGGCAAAUCUUAUCUUGACGAACGAAGAACGCGCGUCUUGAUAACGGAGAUUCAUACGGACUUUGGGCUAAGUUGCGUUACCAGACAAUUGUACCAGACAAGAAAAGAAGAAGAGACUCUCGUCUCGACAAACGCACAAUUGCACGUUAAUCGGAGGAGCACAUUAGCGUGUGUAUCGAAAAAUCUUAUAACUAAUUCAGGAUUUUCGGAUAUGUGUUUCGGUGUUACGGCGCGAAUUUAAAGAAACUCGUCGAGUUAAUUUUCUGAGUAAUCAAUUUUGUUUUCAAUUCGCAAUUUAUUUUUUAAUCAAAAGAGAGAGGGAGAGAGAGAAAAGAAGAAGAAAAUUCAAUCAAGAAGAUAGUAAACUAGAACAUUGCAAACGAAAACUUGCGAGGAAAAAAAUAACACAACUACCAGUGCAAGAUGAAUGCUUCGACAUUCGUGAAAAAUAAUUGCGAUUCAGAAGGUACAAGUAAUACAGAAAAUACGACUGCCGUGUGUGUGGACAAUAAGUUGCUUUAUCUGCUCUUCGAAAGUAUAUCAUACAGUGUACAAACAAAAAUUUUAACAAAGGAGGAAAAAAAGCUAAUUAAUGAUCUUCAUGGAGACUUUCGUCCGGGUGAACUUACAGCUAUUAUGGGUCUUUCAGGAGCUGGAAAAUCUACUUUAAUGGACAUCCUAGCAGGUUUUACAAUAACUUCAGUCACCGGUAAAAUUAUGAUAAACGGACGGGAAAGAAACAUAUCCGAAUUUCGUAAGUUGUCCGCUUAUAUAAUGCAGAAUGACUAUCUUCAACCACUUUUGACAGUGCAGGAAGCAAUGUUCGUCGCUGUCGAUCUCAAACUGAACUUAAAUCGUUAUCAAAAAUUGCAAAAGAUCGACAAAAUAUUAGUAUCAAUGGGUCUCAAUGGGUCUCGCCACACGCUUACUGGCGAGCUGAGCGGAGGUGAAAGAAAAAGACUUGCCAUCGCGCUCGAACUGAUCAAUAAUCCACCUGUUAUGUUCUUCGAUGAACCCACCAGCGGACUAGAUAGCGCUACCUCAAAACAGUGCGUAGAACUUUUGAAGCAAUUAGCGCAAGAAGGACGAACAAUAAUUUGUACAAUUCAUCAGCCAAAUGCGACGCUCUUCAAUAUGAUAGAUCAUCUGUACGUAGUCGCCGAUGGAAAUUGCGUGUACACUGGCGCCACUCACAAUUUAGUAUCGUAUCUAAGUAGUCACGGAUUGCACUGUCCAACGCAUUACAAUCCUAUUGAAUUUCUGAUGGAAAUAUGCAACGGAGAUUAUGGUCUUCACAUACCCAAGCUGAUAGAAUCGAUCAAAAACGGCAAAAGUGACGUAUGGAGAUCAGCAAAAACUUUUAUUUCACAACAGAAUACUCCGAUAAGAUUAUAUUCCUUCGAAAACGAAUUCAAACACACUCCACAUUAUGCCACCAAUUUUUGGAAGCAGCUUUGCGUCCUCGUCAAGAGAAAUACAAUUAGAUUAUUUCGAGAUAAGAUGUUAACACUCACGCGGAUCUCAAUGCAUUUCGCGAUCGCACUGCUGGUCGGCGUUUUAUAUUUCAAAAUCGGCCAAGACGCCACUUAUGUUUUAGAUAAUUUUAACCUGCUGUUCUUUAGCGUUAUGUUUCUCAUGUACAGUGCAUUUAGCGCCACAAUGAUCACGUUUCCCUCAGAGUUACCAAUACUUAUGCGCGAGCAUUUCAAUCGUUGGUAUGAACUACGAUCGUACUACUUAGCGAACAAAUUGGCCGAUUUUCCAAUCCAGCUUACUGCCACGUUUAUUUAUACGAUCGUAGUGUACUAUAUGACCGAUCAAGUUCCUGAAAGUAAAAGGCUUGGUUUGUACAUGCUCAUGUGUUUUAUUAUCAGCCUCGUAGCGCAAGCGGUUGGACUCAUUAUAGGAUCGGGUCUGAAAGUUCAGAACAGCGUUAUUUUUGGACCGUUUGUGAUUAUGCCAUUUGUGAUAUUUAGUGGUUUCUUUGUGCGUCUCAAAGAUGUGCAGCCUUAUUUACAUUGGCUGUUUCACAUGUCGUUUCUUAAAUACGGCUUUGAGGGUGUUAUGAUAGCGAUUUACGGAUACGAUCGGGAGAAAUUGAAGUGCUCGACAGAUUAUUGCCAUUUCGCUAUCCCCGAAAAACUUCUCGCAGAGAUGGAUAUGAAGCAUGUGAAUUACUGGCUAAAUAUGACAAUAUUGAUAGCGCUCUGUGUUGCCUUAGAUGUUAUAGCAUAUGCUAUAUUAGAUAUGAAAGUGAAGAAACGAAUUUAGCACAGAAUUAGAGAAUUAAUAAUAAAAAUUGAUAUAAAUUUUUUACAAUUAUAUAUACAUAUGAUAAAAGAUUCGUGCAAAUAAGAUUUUUUUUACUGCAACUUGUAAAGACUGACUUCUAUGACCCAUUACAUGUGAGAUUACACAUUUAUAUCUUGCAUAUU